GAUGUGGCGGUCAGUGUGAGCUCCUUCCCAAGUUAUCUCGUCGCUCGCCGUCUGAAUCUUCGUUUUUCUUCUUCAUUUCUAACCCUUCUCGCUCUCGCUUUCCCCCUUCUUCUUCUCUUCUUUUUCCCUCUCGAUUCGGGGGGUUUUUUUCUUCUCAUUUUUUAAUUUUUCUUCUUUUUUAUUUUGUUCACCUGCUUCCAUCUCUCUCGGUUUAUUCGAUCUCGAAUCUGAGAGGUUCGCGAGAACCCUAGCGCGAGGUACGAUGCAACAGCAACAGCAGCAGCUGAUCCUCAAGCAACAGCAGACUUUGAUGCAGCAAGCGCUCCUCCUCCAGCAGCAGCAACAGCAGCCGCAGCAGCAGUCGCUCUAUCCUCUCCCGGGUCUCUUGGCCGGUCCUCAGAUAGAGCCUAUCCUAAGUGGAAAUCUACCUCCUAGAUUUGAUCCAAGCACAUGCCGCAGUGUCUAUGUGGGCAACAUUCAUCUCCAGGUUACUGAAGCACUUCUUCAAGAAGUUUUUCAAAGUACUGGUAUUGUUGAGGGAUGCAAGCUUAUUAGGAAAGAGAAGUCGUCCUUUGGCUUUGUUGAUUAUUUUGAUCGUCGUUCAGCUGCCCUUGCAAUUAUGAGUCUCAAUGGGAGGCAGCUGUUUGGUCAAUCUAUUAAGGUGAACUGGGCAUAUGCUAGUGGGCAAAGAGAGGAUACAUCAGGACAGUACAACAUAUUUGUUGGUGACCUUAGCUCUGAGAUUACAGAUGCUACUCUGUUUGCAUGCUUCUCUGUAUACCCAAGCUGCUCAGAUGCUAGGGUCAUGUGGGAUCAGAAAACUGGUCGUUCAAGAGGGUUUGGUUUUGUUUCUUUCCGGAACCAACAGGAUGCUCAAAGUGCCAUAAAUGACUUGACUGGCAAAUGGCUCGGCAGUCGGCCAAUUCGUUGUAACUGGGCUACAAAGGGAGCUAAUGCUAAUGAGGAGAAACAAAGCUCAGAUUCAAAGAGUGUCGUUGAACUAACAAAUGGAUCUACUGCAGAAAACGUACAAGAAAAUGCAAAUGAUGAUAGCCCAGAGAAUAUCCCACACUAUACAACUGUGUAUGUGGGUAAUCUUGCUCAUGAGGUUACACAAGUUGAUCUCCACCGCUAUUUCCAUGCUUUAGGUGCUGGAGCAAUUGAAGAUGUCCGAAUUCAACGUGAAAAAGGGUUUGGAUUUGUGAGAUACAGUAAUCAUUCUGAAGCUGCUUUGGCUAUCCAAAUGGCCAAUGGCCAAGUUCUAUGUGGAAAGCCAAUUAAGUGUUCUUGGGGUAGCAAACCAACUCCACCUGGAACAGCCUCCAUCACGCUCCCUCCACCUGCAGCUGCUCCUUUCCCUGGACUUUCUGCAACUGACCUCUUUGGUUAUGAUCGCGCCCUUGCUCUGAGCAAGAUGAGUGCAAACCAGGCACUGAUGCAAGGUCACCUUGCUAUGAAGCAAGCUGCCAUGGGAAUUGGCACAGGCGCGAGCGAAGCAAUCUAUGAUGGUGGGUUCCAAAAUGCUGGUGCAGCCCAGCAGCUGAUGUACUAUUAGUAAUUUCACAAAUGAGCUUCUUGUUGCUUUCCAUUUAUGGCCUUUUAUUUUCUUUCAUACUUUUAGUGUAUGCUUGAAUCGUUGGUAGGGUUUUAGAACUUAUAGUAUAUGCUUUGAUACUUUCAUGCAUAAUUUGUAUCUGGAGAUGUCGAUAUACGUAGACUUGAAUGGUUUGUAGGGUUUAAAAUCUUGUUGGGGAGCUUAAUACUUGGUUAAA